ACAUCAUCUCACCGACUUCGGCGGGGCGGUAGCCAACUCAUCAUGACUUCUCAAAAGACAGCCAAAACAAACAAGCAAAACAUUCUUUUUCAACUCACUCACAAUGUCUGUUUUCGAUGCCAAAGUGACAUCCACUGAGCCCCUCUCUAAGGAGGAAGCUCGCUGGAUCAAACUCUCCAAAAUCACAUACCGUGACCCAACAGGAACAUCCCGAACCUGGGAAUCAGCCGAACGUCUCACGCGUCCUAAAACCGCUGACAUCGACGGCGUAGGCAUAGUAGCCAUCCUCCCCCUCCCCACAGGCCCCGAACUCAUACUCCAAAAACAAUACCGCCCUCCCAUCAACGCCGUAACAAUAGAAGUACCAGCCGGUCUAAUCGACGAGGGCGAAACACCCGAAGAAUGCGCCAUCCGCGAACUCCGCGAGGAAACAGGCUACGUCGGCGUCGCUACCGAGACGUCGCCCAUGAUGUUUAACGACCCGGGGUUUUGCAACACGAAUUUGAAGAUGGUGCAUGUUAGUGUUGAUAUGGAGUUACCUGAGAAUAAGAACUUGAAGCCGGAGCUGGAGGAGGGGGAGUUCAUUGAGGUUUUUACGGUGAAAUUGACGGACUUGUGGGGGAUGUGUGAGACUUGGGAGAGGGAGGGCUGUGCGAUUGAUGCGAGGGUUGGGACUUUGGCGGAGGGGAUCUUGUUGGCGCAGAGAUUCAAGCUGUAGAAGAUCAACGAGUGAUAGACUAUAGAACGAAAAGCUAUGAUUAGAAUCAGUCGGUCACAUAGAGAUGCCCUUUCA